AUGUCUACAGAAGGAGUUUCAAAACUUAGAGUUUUAAGCGUCGGUAGCAAUGCUAUUUCUGCUUUUAUGGGCUGGCGCCUAUCGGAGAGCCAAGCUUGCCAUACCAGUUUAAUUUGGCGUAAUCGAAGUGAGAGCGUAAUGUCUGAAGGCAUUCGUAUUCGUUCGAGCGUGUUUGGUUCAACUAAAUGGAAACCUGAUGUUGUUGUCCCUACAAUUGAACAACUAGUAACAAACGACGAACCUUUUGAUUACGUGUUUGUAUGCCUAAAAAUUCUUCCUUCUGUUUAUGAUCUUGGAACUGCUAUAAAAGACGUCGUUACCCCAGGUCAUACCUGUGUCGUCUUAAAUACUACCGGGAUCGUUGGUGCUGAAAAAAGUUUACAGGAGACUUUCCCAAACAACUCUAUUAUUUCUUUCGUAAUUCAAGACCAAUUCGUUCAGAGGGGACCAUUACAGUUUGAACAUACUGCAUUUGCUGCUGAUACUGCUAGUAGUGUAAUGUAUUUAGGUCUAACGGACGAAGAAGAUGAAGUCCCAGACUCCGUUCAGGAUGCCAUGAUUGAAACGUUAACAUUGACUUUGGAAGCAGGCGGUGUAUCUUGCACAUUCCUUCCUAAAAUUCAGCAAAAACAAUGGGAAACCGGAAUUGGCCAUAUGGCCUUUUUUCCAAUUUCUAUAUUAAAUGAAGAACCAAAUUUGUCUUUAAUUUAUAGAGCUAAACCUUUUGUGAAAAUUAUUAAUGGUAUAAUGAACGAAGCAUUUUCCAUUGCUGUGAUGCAAGGUUGUGAUUUUCCUAUAGAUAAACAAGAAUCAUUGAAACGGUUUAUUGCCAAUCGAAUGUUAGCAGCCCCCCGUCCCUCGUACAUAUUUCAGGAUUAUUUAGCUCACCGUCCUUUGGAAGUUGAGGUACUGUUGGGAUACCCGGUUGAAUUAGCCAAUCGGUAUAAAGUAUUAGUGCCCUACAUGGAGACCAUUUACGCUUUGUUUGAAGCAAAAGCUAAAAGAAAUCUUACAUCUACUCCUGCUGUUCCUCAUCCAAUUCCAGCUAUGCCCUCCAGUCGUGUAUCACCACCUGGGUUAACUGCACGAUCUCCAUCACGUUCCACAUUGGGUAUGUCUACAAGGAUGGGUAGUAUGGAUGAUCUCUUGAACAAACGACAAUUUACUUCCUCAUCAACUUCCCAAGUACCCUCAAAUCGCUCAAUGUAUAAAAUUCCAAGUGCAUCCAUGGUUAAUUUAUCUUCCCCAGCAGGUCUUGAAGGAAGAGCAAUGCCAACAAGGUUUACAGGAAGGAAUAUGCGUGGAAGCCCCUUCACCAUGAACAAAGCGGGGUCGGUGUCAGAUAUUCUUAGCAUGUCCGACGGAUUGGUUCCUAAUGCUCCCAGUGAAACUGCUUCAGUAGCAGGAGGAGCACCUGCUUUCGAUAUGCUUACGUUGACGCAACGAAGGAAUCGAAGAAACUCUCAGAUGUCCUCAAGUUCAAUAGGGAUUCCAUCGAGUGCCUCCUCUUCGAGCGAUCGCCGUUAUACUUGGACUGGCCGCCCACCGCCUCAUAAGGGAUUAAGUGAACCAGUUAUUCCAAUUUUAGAAGACCCGAUGACAGCUUUAUAUGACACAAGUCGUUAUCCAACGAGACCUCCGGGUAGCAGCGCAUCAUCAAUAAAUGGAAAAUCUACACCUAGACCAACUCGACCACCGUCGAUUGCAUCUACAUCUACUACACCACGAAGAUUUGGUUAG